ACGGUGCCUUUGACUACUGGGGAAAGGGAACAAUGGUCACUGUCACAUCAGCUCAACCAUCUGCGCCCCAGUCAGUCUUCGGUUUAUCUCAGUGCAGUUCUGGUUCUGAUGGGUUAAUCACCAUCGGCUGCUUGGCUAAAGGUUUCUCACCUGCAGACUCGCUUAAUUUCAAAUGGAAGGAUCCUGCUGGUAAUGAAUUAAGCGAUUUUGUGCAGUACCCAGCAUUUGGGACGGAUGGAGAUUAUACUAAAAUCAGCCAUAUGCGAGUGAGAAAAAGCGAUUGGGAUACUAAAAAACCUUACACAUGUGAAGCCUCCAAUUCUGCUGGAGCACCAAAAACAGCUUCUCUAGCUCCACCGGCCCCACCGCCAGAUCUGCGUGCAACUGUGUUCUUAACAGCACCUACAAAAAUGGAAUUAGAAAGUGGAUCAGCAACCUUCAUGUGUUUAGCCAAACGGUUUUCGCCUAAACAAUACAAGUUUAAGUGGUAUCAGAAUGAUAAGGAGGUAACAAAUGCGAUAGACAAUUUUUUCAAAGAUGAGAAGAACGGCUCAGUAACCGAAUACAGUGCCACAAGCAUUUUGAAAAUCAACGCAGAAGUAUGGAAGCAGCCAGAGAGAAAAGUUAAAUGCGUGUUUGAGCACAAUCAGCGAAAUGAUAGCAGGGAGAUCCAAUACAAAGAUACAAUGCAAGACUGCAUUGACGACAAUGUUCAUAUUGACAUCAUCCCCCCCACCCCUGAAGACAUGCUGAAAAAUAGAAAGGGAAUUUUAAAGUGCAAAGCUUCAGGAAAUCCAAAAUUCCAUUUCACCAAAAUAGAGAUAACAGCAAAUAAUUUAGUCAUCGCAGAAAAAGAGGGAACUUUGAAAAACCAAGAGGAACUUGAUGCUCCAAUUAACUAUAAAGAAUGGAGCAAUGGCACUGUGUUUAAAUGCACAGCUGAAAACACAGGAAAAACAUUGCCAGAGGAAAAAACUUUUGCCAGAGAAAAUGGUAAAACGAGACCGUCAGUUUACGUGUUCGCACCACCAGAGAAAAAAAAUGAAAUGAUGACCCUGACAUGUUUUGUGAAGAAUUUCUCACCCAAGGAGGUGUUUGUGACUUGGCUUGUUGACGAUGAACCUGCCAUUGGGUACCAAAACAGCACUAGUGUGCCAGUUAAGAAUGAUGAUUCCUUCUCCAUGUAUAGUCAGAUCACAGUUGAAAAUCCAGAGUGGAGGGGUGGUAAAGUGUACACGUGUGUCGUGUACCACGAAAGCAUUGAUGAAAAAUUGCUUGUGCUGACAAGAUCUAUUACUGAUAAUAUGGAUAAGUCAAGUAUAAUUAAUCUAAGUAUGACCACCCCAGCACCCUGCAAGAAUGUCAGCAUUGUCCUUUUAGGUCAUGCAAUUGUGCUCUUGUCUUUUUCCACAGCCUGGAUUGUGUGGAUAGAGCAUCCUCUGUUUGAACCCAUCGAUGCAGAUGACAGUGGCAUUGCAAACACUGCUGUAACCUUCAUUUUCCUGUUCCUCAUCACCUUGUUUUACAGCAUAGUAAUACGUGUCACUAAGCCCAGUAUGGCUCUGCUGAGUAGAGAGGAUGGUGAUAGGAUCGUGUUGGAGUGCCAGUUGAAUGAUUACUACCCAAAAGAACUUAGUGUACAAUGGCUUCGUGAUGGUCAGCCUGUCAGAGCUACAAUUAGAAUGCUGCAGAACAGAGAAGUGGAGAAAACUUUUACUUACAUAAGUCAACUGAAUAUUAGUUCUUCAUAUGAUUACAAGAAUUACACUUGUAAUGCCACUCACAACUCUGAAGUAUACCAGCAAGAAUAUAACAGGUGCACAGCAAAGCCAUUGAUCAAACCUUCAAUCCAAAUAAAGACAACCCCUCUCAGAGACAUUAUAGAAACGGGCAAUGUCACAUUGUCAUGUGUUGUUAAAGCUCCAGACAGCACUGUAGUGUCAUGGUCGGUAGAUGGUCAAAGUGAACCACCCACCACACAAGACAAAGACCUCUCCAAUAACACUGUGAGCUACUUGACUGUGCGCACAAAGGAUUGGUUAAAUAAAACCAUAGUUUGUACAGCUCAACAUCCUUGUUUCUCAAACGAGAGUGCUGAAAUUCAGGCUGAUGAUGUAAAGAAGGAUCCUGAAGUGGAGAUCAGGAGGUCUUUCAUGAAAUCAGCAGCAGAAAGUGUUGCUGUGCUUGAGUGUGUUGUGAGUGAUCUUCCACCUGGCGAGGUCUGCAUCACUUUCCAGGCCAAUAAUGUUAAUAUCUCAGAUCUCGAGUGUGUGGAUUCGGCCCCCUCUAAUAACAGUUGGUCCUUGAUUAGACCUUUUAAAAUACCUGAUGCACAUCAGAAGACAGAAAAUAUCUUCACCUGUAAAGUUCAAAGACCCUUCAAACAGUGGACGUCAAAACCUACUGGACACAUUUUUGAUGAUGCUUCCUCAGAGCUUGUUGUUGGUCCUAGAGUGGUUCAGUCUAGUUCAGAGUACCAGAAGCUGCAGUGCUCUGCCACAGGGUUUUAUCCCGAGAUACAGUGGCUUCCACUAUCAAGUGUAAAAGCUUGCAACUCAACCGUCACCCUGAUGCAAGAUGGCCACGUGAAAGUGUACAGUGAGAUAUUAGUGCCCCAGGAUGAAUGGAAUAAAGGAGUCAAUUACACCUGCCGAACUACAGAUGGGCCCAGUAGAAACACUGUUGAGAAAAACACCAGUAUUUGUUCAGUCAUUGCACCAUUCAGUCAGCAGGCAGACGUCUACUUGCUGGGUCCUCCGCUCAAUUUUGCAAGCACUGACUUGAAUUUGACCUGUAUAGUUAUUGGUCAGAAUGUUAAAUAUUUCAUCAUUCAGUGGAAAGUGAAUGGAAAUACUAGUGAUGGUGAUGAUCAAACUCCAGUACAGCAUCCCAACGGCACUCAAAGCAAAGUAAAUAAAUUGAAAGUUUCAGUUAAUACAUGGAAUUCACAUGCCCUCUUUACCUGUGAGGUCAAGCAUUUGUGCUCCGUAGACACACAACAGCAGAGCAUCUUAAAAACCAGAGACCCAAAACAGCCUACUGUGAGAAUCCUCAGACCCUCAGACAGUGAUCUAUCUGGAGCCAAAAAUACUAGCCUUGUUUGCUUUAUCAGUGAUUUUUUCCCUUCUGAUAUCUUAGUGGAGUGGAAGCUAAAUGGAAAGCAGCUUAGCAGGUCUCAGUUCACUAACAGCCCUGUGGUUGCACACUCUUCAGGAGGUUUUUCAAUGCAUAGUGCUCUAAUUUUACCUGGAGAGCAGCAAAAGGAUGGCAUCUACUCUUGUGAAGUUUCUCACGAGUCUUCUCAAAGUCCAAUCAUUGCCACUUUGGAGAACUUGUAUGCAUCGUUGCUCCAUUCCGCUCCAUCUGCAGAGCUGCUACAGGGUGCUGAUGGGCUACUGUGUCUGGUGUCUGGUUUCAGUCCACCUUCCAUCAAUAUUACUUGGUUUAUGGGAAUGACUGAGAUGUCUGACCAGAACAAGACCAAACUUGCAAAAGACCCUGAUGGAAAAUUUAUCACCCAAAGUCACCUGCCUCUCAAGCCUUCAGAGUGGGCUCCUGGUGAGGUGUACACGUGCAGGGUCACUCAUGUUACUGGCACUCAGUGGUUUAACAUCUCGAAAAAUUCAGUAAUUUCCGAAGAGGCUAUAUUUAUGAAUGAAAAUAAACCUGAAUUUAUUCCUCAAGAUACAGUUGGAGAGGUCUGGAAUAUGGCUUGUGCCUUUCUCAUCCUUUUCCUUCUCUCUCUUGUCUAUGGAUGCACAGUCACUUUGGUCAAAGUGAAGACUGAAUGAACAACAUUUUGUGU